UUCAAAAAAGUCAAAAAUAGAAACUCAUGAACUGGUGAUAUAUCACAUCUGCCAACUGGUAGAAAUUUAGAAGCAAAUCGGAAAACUAGAAUAAAGGGGGAAACAAAUGUAAAGCGUAAAGCGCCAAAAAUAUGUUUGAAUCUGCUUCGCAUGUUGUCCACUUCCUUCUUGCUCUUUUUUCUUUUUUAUUCUUUUAAAUAUUCACUGAUUUACUCACAAUAUUGAUUAAAACUUAUAACCUCCCAAUCACCACUUCGCCCUCCACCACUAAACUCACUGUAACGCCUCCUACUUGCUCUUACCGAAAGCUUCGAUAACGACUCGUCGAUUCCCCCUUUCUCCAUGGCAGGAGAUCUCUCGCAAUCAACGGUUUAUGAAAACUCUCAGCGCCUUACUCCUCAGAACACUGAACGUCUCCUCGAUUCCGUUGAAGCUUUUCUCUUCGACUGCGAUGGUGUGAUAUGGAAAGGAGAUUCUCUCAUCGACGGUGUUUCGGAUACUCUGGAUAUGCUCCGAUCCAUGGGGAAAAAGCUUGUUUUUGUGACGAAUAAUUCGACCAAGUCUAGAAGGCAAUAUGCUAAGAAGUUCCAUUCUGUUGGCAUUUCGGUAUCUGAGGACGAGAUAUUCAGUUCUUCAUUUGCUGCAGCCAUGUACUUGAAAGUCAAGGAGUUUCCUAAAGAGAAGAAGGUGUAUGUGAUUGGUGAAGAAGGCAUCCUGGAGGAACUGGAGCUUGCUGGGUUUACCCCUCUUGGUGGUCCUGAAGAUGGGAAGAAAACUGCCCAUAUGAAACCAAACAGCUUCUUUGAGCAUGAUAAGAACGUCGGAGCUGUGGUGGUUGGACUGGACCAGCACAUAAACUUUUACAAGCUGCAGUAUGGUACUCUUUGUAUACGUGAGAAUCCUGGAUGCCUAUUUAUUGCCACAAACCGUGAUGCUGUAGGAAACCUCACUGAUCUACAAGAAUGGCCUGGCGCAGGAUGCAUGGUUGCUGCAAUAUGUGGUACAACACAGAAAGAGCCAAUUGUAGUUGGGAAACCCUCUACCUUCCUGAUGGAUUUUUUACUAGAAAAAUUCAACAUCCCUACUUCUAAGAUGUGUAUGGUUGGGGACAGAUUGGACACUGAUAUUUUAUUUGGACAAAAUGCUGGCUGUAGAACUCUUCUUGUAUUUUCAGGUGUGACAAAGGAAUCAGAUCUCCAAGAUCCAUCAAACCAGAUUCAUCCAGAGUAUGUCACCACCACGUUGUCGGACAUCCUCACAUAUACCCAAUAAUAUUAAAUCGUCAUUCUUACUAUUUUUCGAAUUGGUACAUUUCAAUUCGAGGAUUAUCGGAUACCUUUUUAUUUGGAUUUUGAUUGCUGAUUUUUUUAUUUUGAAUUAUUUUCGUGUUUGAAUUGUUUCAUCAUUCCAUUGGUUGAAGUUAGCUAUAUGCAAAUGCAACCUUUUUAAUCU